ACCAGCCUCAUCAGCCUCGCAGGACUUUGCUGUGUUGCGCGAAGUUAUCUCCAUUUCAGAAACAUCAUCAAAAAACCGACUGUCCGGCUAACUCCUCGCGAUCGAAAUGGCUAGCACCGCACCCGAGAAUGCCGAGCAGGCCACCACUGUGCCGAACACGCAGGAAGCUCCCGCCGAGACAGCAGCUGCCCCGGUCGACGCCGCUGCCGUCCCCGAAGCGGUCGCACCAGGCCCCGAGCCCAAGGCCAUCACCCGCAAAGACAUGUCCCUGCGCGAGUUCUUGACGAAAAUGGACGACUAUGCUCCAAUCAUUCCCGAUGCAGUCACAAACUACUACAUGACCAAGGCUGGCCUCCCCCCACCGCCUCAGACCGAUCCCCGCCUGGCGCGCCUGCUCGCCCUCGCCACACAAAAGUUCAUCGCCGACAUCUCUGCCGACGCUUACCAGUACAGCCGCAUCCGCGCCUCCAACUCUAACGCCAACAACCCCAUGGGCAACCUCGGCGCCGCGGCGGGCUUCCCCAUCCCCGGGCAGCCCACGGGCCCAGCUGGCGCAAAGGACCAGGGCCGUGGUGGGCCCCUCGGUAUCCAGAGGCCAGGCUACGGCGGCGGUGGACAGGGCGGCAGCCAGAACAGGACCGUCCUUACUAUGGAGGAUCUCGGUAUGGCUGUUGGCGAGUAUGGCGUCAAUGUGAAGAGGAGCGAGUUCUACCGAUAAGGUACGGUCUUGCCGUUUGUCGAGGAGAGGGGUUUGCAUCUUUGGGCUGAUGUAUAUACAUAUAACACGGCGUUAGAUGGUCUGGGUUCGGCGUCUCGGGGUCAAUCAGGGCACCAUCAAGGGCGGAUCGGGGUUUUGCUUUAGGAACGGACAAUUCAACAGCGACGGAGAGAAUGAUGAGCCAACGUAGUAGACAUCCACACAAAGGCCCAUCAGGAGGGUCAUCUUAGGCGC